GUCUGCCUGCAGGGGGAGCUCCUGGGAUGGCGCGCUACUCGCUGGCAAGUCGUGGCUGUGUAUAUCGUGUGUGGAGCGGCUGCAUCACCAUUUUCCAUGGUAAACACGGAAAAUUAAACGUUUUGCACACAGAAUGGAGGAAAGCGAAGGCUCCGGCCAGCUGAGGUGAGUUUGUGGUGUCCGGUAGGUAUGUAUGGUGCCGUGGUGCGGCGGAGGAGGGCUAUGCGGCCUGUAGGAGCAGAGCUAGAGUAGCGUGUGGAGGGGGCGCUCCUUUGUACUAGGCCCUACUUUGUGUUGGCGCUCCCUGUAUUGUAUUGGUGGGCAGGCUCGGUGGUACGGGACAUGUCCAUGGCAUGUAGUGCUGAGUUUCGUAUGAGGAGAGGAAGGAGUCGUUGUGAGCGGGCUGGUGUCGUCAUGAGUAUCGGUGAGGGUGGGCCAUGCUGGUCAUGUCUGUGAUAGCAGCGCCCCCCUCCCCCCUCAUCACCCCCUCUAGUGGCGAGCAUGCACGGAGCAGUCAGUCCGGUUUGGCGUGUUGUUGAUGGUGACAGGUGGUGAGUCAGCUCUGACUGUACGGAUCAUGCUCAGACAUGUGCCAGGGAUCUAGCCCCGACUUGUCUGCUCUCACACUCAUAAAGACGGCCAUCGGCUGCACCGUCCUGCACUUUAUAUACUGGGAGCCCAGCUCCACAACCUCAGCACUUUAUAUGUCAAGGGAAGCGUGCAAUGUAUCGUCUACCAGUACCGAUUGUAUAGAAAACUCUGCAAUCAUGGGCUCGGACAACGAAACACUGGUUAAACCAAAUCCACUUCUGUUGCAUCUGUUAAAAUCUGCCGGUGCCCAGAAGGAUACCUUUACAAUGAAAGAGGUUAUUUACCAUCUUGGUCAAUACAUUAUGGCCAAGCAGUUGUAUGACGAGAAGCAACAGCAUAUUGUCCACUGCUCUAAUGAUCCUCUGGGAGAACUAUUUGGGGUACAGAACUUCUCUGUAAAAGAACCAAGGAGGUUGUAUGCAAUGAUCUCAAAAAAUCUAGUAACUGCUGAUUCACAAGAGUGCUUGGGAGACAUAUUGUAUGGGAAAGACAAGUGUACUUUACUUACACAGGGAUCUCAGCAGGUGUCCUCUGUGGAGCUCCAAGAGAAGUUAACUCCAGGCACCUCUGCGUCGUGUUCAAAAAAAGGCAACAGUGACUCUGAAGAAAAUUCUUCAAAUGAUCAACCAGCAGAACAACAGAGAAAGCGUCAUAAGUCAGACAGUAUUUCAUUAACGUUUGAUGAAAGCCUUUCGUGGUGGGUGAUAAGUGGCUUACGGUGUGAUAGAAAUAACAGUGAUUCAACAGACACCUCUUCUAAUGCUGAUCUUCAAGCACAUUCAGAUGACUCUGAUUGGCUGGACCAAGAUUCUGAAUCUGACCAGUUCAGCGUGGAAUUUGAAGUUGAGUCUGUAUAUUCAGAUGAUUACAGCCCCAGUGCAGAUGAACAGAGUCAUUCGGAUGAUGAAUUAGAUGAUGAGGUAUAUCAAGUAACCAUAUACCAAGCUGAGGAUAGUAAUGUGGAUUCUUUUGAAGAUGAUACAGAAAUUUCAGAAGCUGAUUAUUGGAAAUGUUCGGAGUGUGAUGAGAUGAAUCCUCCCAUCCCAAGAUACUGUCACAGGUGUUGGUCUCUUCGGAAGGGCUGGCUUCCUGAUGAGAACGAGGAAAAAACGAACUCCCUAAAGAGGAAAAAGAUGGAAGAUUCUCUGGAUGACGAGGGUUUUGAUGUACCUGAUGGCAAAAAGGCAAAAUUGUCAGAUUCACAAGAAGCAAAUCUAGAAAAGAAGGAAGAUGAGGGCUUACAAAGUUCAGAAUCCCAGGAGACAGAGGACUUUUCUCAGCCAUCCACGUCGGGUAGUCAGGAGGAGCUCAGAGAGAAUGAGCGGGAGCAGUCUUAUGAAGAAAGCUCAGAAAAGAGCCUGCCUUUGACCAGCAUAGAACCUUGCGUCAUUUGUCAGACCAGGCCAAAAAAUGGAUGCAUUGUCCAUGGCAGGACGGGACACCUCAUGGCAUGCUUUAGCUGUGCAAAGAAACUGAAGAAAAGGAACAAGCCUUGUCCUGUCUGCAGACAGCCCAUCCAGAUGAUUGUACUAACCUACUUCAGCUAAAAAUCAAUACUUGACCAUUAAGCUUUUAAAAUGAAAAAAACUAGAUCAUAAAACCUUUGUAUCCAAUAGUUAUACAUAAAAAAAAAAAAAAUUAUAUAUAUAUAUAUUUAGUAUUUUUUCCUCAACAGAAGAAUGGACUGUCAAACUGUAAUACUUGUUGGGCUUAUUUGCUUAAUGAAGAAUUCUAGUAAGCAGGUUUAUUUAAAAACAUGUACAUAGUUAUCUUAUAGUUUUGUAAAUUUAGGCACAGGUCGGUGUAUUUUUUUUUUUUUUUUCCCCAUAUCCAUGAUUUAUUAAUGAUGCUUGCAAUCCAGUGAUGAGGAUGUGAUUACAGGUGUACCAGAUGGUGACCACAUUUGCACUUGAUGGACUGGGACAUUAUAGCCCAUUCCUAUGGUGAUGCUGUGUUUCUAAUCGCAUACACUGUAGCUGUGAUAAACGCAUCUAAUCCGUUAA